AUGGAGAAAUAUCAAUUUGUUGUUAUCGGUGGUGGGAUAUCUGGUGUCACUUGUGUAGAAAGUAUUGCUACGUUUAAUCCUACUGCUCAAAUUCUACUCCUUACAGGAACGCCAUUAAUUAAAGCAAUUACAAAUUAUGUUAAAUUGACUAAAUUUUUAGAAGAAUUCGAUAUUGAAGAAAAACCAUUCAAUUACUUGGCAGAACAGUAUUCAAAUUUAAUUAUAAAGAAUAAAGUUGUCGAACGAUUAGAUACUGAUAAACAAAUUAUUUUCUGUAUGGAUAAUUCACAAAUUCAAUACGAUCAACUUUGUAUUUGUACUGGCGCACGACCUAAAUUACUUGCAAAUUCAAAUCCUUAUGUACUCGGUAUUCGUGAUACAGAAACUGUGGAAUCAUUUCAAAAGAAAUUAACAUCAGCGAAGCAAAUUCUUAUUGUGGGUAAUGGUGGAAUUGCAACUGAACUUGUGUAUGAAAUUGAACAUUGUUCCGUUAUCUGGGCGAUUAAAGAUGAACAUAUUUCAACAACAUUUUUUGAUGAAGCAGCUGCUCGAUUUUUUCUUGAUCGUAUUGAAAUAGUUAAAGAACAACAAAAACUAAAUGAGAAAAGACAAAAAUAUGAAAUUACUGAAAUACCAUCUGAGCUUCAAAAUAAUCACACAACAUCAUUAAAAAUAUGUGGCGGAGCUUUAGGACCUGAUUGGGCAACAGGACGCUCGAUGAAAGGUGCAUUGUCUGAACCUCGACAAGUUCAUAUUGAAUAUCAAGUUGAAGUUAAAAAUAUUCUUACACCUGAACUAUAUCAAAAACGAACAUCAACCACUGAAAAUCUUCAACUAUCCGAAGAACACAUUCAAUGGCCAGUAUAUGUAGAAUUAACUAAUGGUAAAAUUAUUGGUUGUGAUUUUGUUGUCAGUGCUAUUGGUGUGACACCUAAUGUCGAAACUUUUCUUCAAUCUGCAAAUUUUAAAUUGGGUACUGAUGGUGGUUUAUUAGUUGAUGAAAGAAUGUGUACAUCAAUAAAAAAUAUAUUUGCUUGUGGUGACGUAUGUUCAGCUGGUUGGACAUUAACAGAACAGUGGUUUCAGAUGCGUCUCUGGUCACAAGCUCGUCAAAUGGGACAUUAUGCUGGUAAAUGUAUGUUAGCAUAUGCAAAUAAUCAACAAGAUUCAUUGACGAUGGAUUUUUGUUUUGAACUUUUUGCUCAUACAACAAAAUUUUUCAAUAUGAAAGUUGUUUUACUUGGUAGAUAUCAUGAAAAUGAUAUGAAAAAAUAUGAAAAUCUUAUUCGAAUGACGCCAGGCGUAGAAUAUAUUCGAGUUACAUUAAAAGAUGGACGAGUGCAUGGUUGUGUUUUUAUUGGUGACACUGAACUUGAAGAAACAUUUGAAAAUCUAAUAUUGAAUCAAAUCGAUGUCAGCAGUUAUGGUGAAACUCUACUAGAUCCAAAUAUUGAUAUUGCAGAUUAUUUUGAUUGA